AUGGGCACAGGCAAGGUGAAGAUAUACGGAGCCCGUGUUCGUGUUGACUCCAUGUCUAAAGUUGCUGAGAUUGAAGAAGCUGAGAAGGAGAAAAUGAAAGAAAAGAUAAACAAGAUUAUCGCUCAUGAGGAGCUCUUUGCUGAUGUAGGAAUAUUGGCUAUUGAGCAAGCUGAUCUUGAUGUUAUUGAGCGUCUGGCUCUGGUACCUGAUGGUGAAAUUGCGUCAUCCUUUGACAACCCGGAGUCUGUUAAGCUUGGGCUCUGUGGCCUUAUUAAAGAGAUUAUUAUUGGUGAGGAUAUAUUGAUUAAGUUUUCUGGUGUUGCAAUGGGGCAGGCAUGCACAAUAGUUCUGAGAGGUGCUAGCCACCAUAUUCUUGAUGAGGCGGAGAGGUCAUUGCAUGAUGCCGUGUGUGUGCUAUCUCAGACUGUCAAUGACAGCAGGUUGUUGCUUGGAGGCCGGUGGCCUGAAAUGGAAAAAGUCUCUUGCAAUGGAGGAGGCAUUUUCCCAACAACCAUUACUGAUAAUGCUGGUUUGGACAGUGCUGAGUUGAUUUCUCAGCUCCGUGAUGAGCACCAGAACGAGGAUGUACUGCUGGAAUUGAUGUCAUCUCUGCAGAGUUCUGUUUCUGAUCACUGCAUCCAUGCUGGUUAA